AUGGCAGGCAACGAAACAGAGCACGGGCGACGUGGACGUGAUUUUCCAAGCAGAAGCAGAGAGCGUGAUAGUAAGCUAUCACCGUCGCCCACUGCACCCGCUGGUCGAGGCCGCGCACCAUAUCCUUCCACAUCGCAUAACCACCGCCCUCGCUCAACAUCUGCACACAGGGCCCAAGACCCCAACCACGAACGACCUGCUCAUUACCGCCAUCGUCACCACCAUCAUCAACAUCACCAUCACGACUCGGCUCGCACCCAACCACCGCCUCCACUGGCCGACGAUCCUGCUGUGCCGUCGUCGCUGAACACGAGACGUGCAAGUCCCUCGCCAGCUCCAUCCACCAGCUCGAGAUACGCCAAGCGUUCAGCUCGAGAUUAUUCCCCUCGACCUCCACGCUCAUACGCUCAGCGGCCAUAUUCCGAUCGAGCUCAACCAGCUCGUAGACCACAGUCGCCGGGCACAUAUCCGACAAGACGACGUUCCCGUUCAAUCGAAUCUCGCUACAGCUCACGCCAACCGAGAUAUCCAUCUGAAAGAGACCGCUACAACGACCGUCGCAGAUACUCGCCCCCACCAACCAGAGAGUAUCGCCAUUCAGGCCAUUCGGCUCGUGGUCGUCCUGCCAAUAAUUACGCCUCUCGUCAUAGCAAACCUCCAACACGCUCACCCCCUCGUGACGCCCGACGUUCUGACUCCCCGUCGGACGACCUGAUCUCGCAGCUUGCGACCACUGCUCGUCCCGAAGAAGCAAAGUCUAGCAGACGUCGGGGCCCAUCGGCGCAUUCUCGUCGCUCUUCCAGGUCACCUCGACCAGAUAGCCGUCGGCCUUACAGACAGGACCCGCCUCGUUACCGCGAGAGCGAAAGAGAAAGAGAAAGAGAUAGAGACAGAGAUAGAGACUACGGAAGAGAUUACGACGGAGAUUACGGUCGCAGCCGAGACUACGACCGAGGAGGUCGACGCGAUUACCACGACAGAAGAGAACGUUAUCGCGACGGGCGUGAACCAGACGCCAUGUACGGCAGAGGUGGCCCUCCUCGCCAGCCAAUCCCUCCUCGCUCGUACGUAGACCCGCGCUACUCUCAGUCGCCGCAAUACCCACCCGCUGGACCUUCUCCGCCUCAUGCUCAGUCUCCUUAUGGCCGUACAUAUCCCCCACAGGCCGCCUAUGCGAGCUACCACGGUUCUCCUACACAUGCCGCUUAUUCGGCUGCUCCUUCUCCCUAUUAUCAACAGAACUAUCCGCCUCCCGCUGCAAGUCCUUAUUACCAAGCUCAACAACAACAACCGCCACCACCACAGCAUUAUGUCGCCCAGCCACCGAUGUCGGCAUAUCCGCCUCAGCACACAUACCGUGGCCAACCUCCCUCCAGGGGAUACAACAAUUCUCAACGGCCUCCAGUUCCCGCCCCGGCGCCUGCGCCUCCUGCUAGUAGAGGUGGUCGUGGUGGCCACUUCUCAAAUCUUUCUUGGACUCCCUCAAGCGGCAGCAGAGGCGGAAAAGUAGUAUCCAAGCGUGAGAACUCGAUAUCUGGCACCGAGACUCCUCUUGCGCCUAGGUCAACGACAGAUUCUGUUGAUGAUGACGACAAUCCUUUCAGGCCGCCCAAGGAUCUUCGAGCUGAGGAUGAAACCGAGAAGAGGAAGUCGGGCAUUAGCUUUUCCAUCAAGGGUAUGGCAGGGAGAACAGAUCCCUCAGCUCCUCACAGGCCAGCACCCCUAGCUGCGCCGCGCACCAGAAAAGAGAUAGUCAUGCGCAAACGACUGAAGCCUAAGCCAAAGUUGACGACAGAUUUUGCUGCCUCAGACUCGGUCUACUACCGCAAGACUGGUAACGAAUCAGUCGUCGGAUCUGGAACCUACGGAAAAGUAUACAAGGCCGUCCACGUCUAUACUGGUGACAAGGUUGCUCUCAAGAAAAUAAGAAUGGAAGGAGAGCGCGACGGCUUCCCAGUCACGGCGAUUCGCGAGAUCAAACUUCUACAAUCUCUCAACCACACAAACGUAGUGAAGUUGCAGGAAGUUAUGGUCGAACGAAAUGACUGUUUCAUGAUUUUCGAGUAUCUCUCUCACGACUUGACGGGCUUGUUGAACCAUCCGUCAUUUGUGCUCACUGAGGGACAUAAAAAGGACCUGGCAAAACAGCUCUUCGAGGGACUUGAUUAUCUUCACAAGCGCGGUGUACUCCAUCGCGACAUCAAGGCGGCCAAUAUCCUUGUGUCUCGUAACGGCGAGCUGAAGUUGGCAGACUUUGGACUUGCGCGUUUCUAUAACAAGAACGCAAAACGAAAGCAGGAUUACACCAACCGAGUCAUCACAAUCUGGUACCGAUCACCAGAGUUGUUGCUGGGAGAGACGCAGUACGGGCCAGCUGUCGAUAUUUGGUCGGCAGCUUGUGUCUUGGUCGAAAUCUUUACCAAACAUGCCAUCUUCCCAGGAGAUGGUGGUGAGAUCAAUCAACUUGACAAGAUCUAUAACGUUCUCGGCACGCCCUCGCGAUCAGACUGGCCCGGAAUCGUGGACCUUGCUUGGUAUGAGCUCCUGCGGCCGAUGCACAAAGUGCCAUCCACGUUCACCGAGAAAUAUCAAGAGCGUGUGUCGACAGCAGCAUUUGAACUCCUGAGCGCCAUGUUCAUCUUCGAUCCCGAAAAGAGGCCUACUGCCAGCGAAGUCUUGGAGCAUCCGUACUUUGCAACUGAAGAACCCAAGGCACAAAAGGUGAUAGAGUUGAAGAAUCUGGAAGGCGACUGGCAUGAGUUUGAGAGUAAAGCUUUACGGAAGGAGAAAGAACGUGAAGCGAGAAGAAGAGACAAGGAGAACGCAGAGAAGCGGAAGCUUGAGGGCCCGAUAGGUGAUGAGAGAGAGUUGAAGAGAGUGAAGACGACCGAUGCGCAGGCUUGA